CGCAUCUCAGUCGGUUCAAUGUGACCCGGUCCGCCAUACCGUGAGUAAAGGACUGCACGCCAGCGCUCAAGUGCACUAACCAUCUCACACAGCUAGUGAAUGAGGAUUGUCUGUCACUGAACUAAAGUCACUUUGAGCAGCCAGCCGCCUCAGACAGGGACACGCGCGAGUCAUGGCCGAGGACAUUCAGCAGAAGCUGGAGAAGUACCGCACGGCGCCCUUCGACGCCCGCUUCCCGAACCAGAACCAGACCAGAAACUGCUGGCAGAACUAUCUGGAUUAUUAUCGCUGCCAAAAAGCACUGGAUGCCAAAGGUGUGGACACAGCUCCAUGUGACUGGUACAAGAGGGUCUACAAAUCUCUCUGUCCUCUUUCCUGGAUCGAGAAAUGGGACACCCAGAGGGAAGAUGGAACGUUUCCAGGAAAGAUCUGAAGAUGGCAAAAGGGAACCGAAACGCAUCUGUCUGUGGUAUCGUCUCACCCCAGCCGAGCAGGGCCUUAAUAAUGUUUGUCCAAUAAUGCUCCUGUAAGGCUGCAGGAUGAGAUAGAUUGUUAACGUCAUUCCUUAUUAAUAUGAAAGUAUUGCAGAUUCUGCAUUAAAAUCUCUCAGGCUUUGAAAUGUGA